GUUGACCGUGAGGACGUGUCGUCAAAGUCUCAGGCCCAGAUUGUCUCCUUGCUGCGCGUAAAACCCGUGGGCUCGGAGGUCGAAUUAGUAAUUCGUCGGCCCCGCCGGCCAACCACAGAGGCUAUCACAAUGGUACCAGUAGACCCUCAGGGCGCCUACACUAUCAACGCAGACACCUCUCCCCUCUACGAGGGUUAUCGAUCGAUGGGAGGUGUCAGCGGACUGGGCUGCCACUGUCCGUCUCCAAACUGCACUGUCAGACUGCCGGACUACACUAGGCAGGUGCAGCAAGUUGGAAGUUGUCGGCUGGGCAGCCUGGAUGAUUCCCAUCUCACUGACUAUCCCGAGCGGUUCGAAAAGGUUAUUUACCUGAAGCUGGACAUCCCACUACUGCAGACGACCUCCUUGCUGUCAGCACAGGAGACAGCCACUAGCACCGCUGCCGGCACAGUCACCGUGUCCAGCCCUGGUCAAAAAGCUGCCGGCACUAUCAGCAGCAACAGCAGUACCGUUCGCAAUCGUCUAGCGACCAUG